AUGCCACCAGCUCACAAGAGUCACAAUUUCCGUCCGGAAAAUGUCUUGAAACGUGCCGAAGAUUUGAUUGCCGUUGGGCAAAAGGAGGCCGCUUUGGACACUUUGUAUGAGCUCAUUACCUCGAGAAGAAUUCGUUACUUGCAGGUCGAGGACUUGGAGCCAAUUGCUAGCUUGCUUAUUGAGUUGGCUGUUGAGUUGAGAAAAGGAAAAUUAGCCAAAGAUGCUUUGCAUCAGUAUAAGAAGAACAUUCAAAUGAGUGAACAUGGUUUGGAGUCGGUUCAGACUAUUGUGCGUAAGUUCAUUUCUUUAGCCGAAGCAAAAUUAGACGAAGCUCAGGCUAAGGCUGAUGUUAAAAUUGAUCAAGAAGAGACCGCCGAAGAUGAUUUGGAAACAGCUCAGACCCCUGAAUCUAUUUUGUUGAGCGCUGUCUCAAACACUGAUACUGCUGAUCGUACUGAAAGAGAGUUGGUUACUCCAUGGUUGAGAUUCUUGUGGGAAGCUUUUAGAGCCUGUUUGGAUAUCUUGAGAAACAAUUCAAAGUUGGAGGUUACUUAUUCUGCCAUUGUCAACCAAGCAUUCAAGUUUUGCUUGAACUUUAAAAGAAAGGCAGAGUUUAGAAGAUUAUGUGAAUUAUUGAGAGUUCAUAUGCAAACUGUUACUACUCAGGUCAAAACGUCCUCGAACAAUGCCAUUGAUUUGUCCGAUUCAGACACUGUUCAACGUUACUUGGAGCAAAGAUUUUCUCAAUUGAAUAUUGCAGUCAAAUUGGAAUUAUGGCAGGAAUCAUUUAGAUCAGUUGAUGAUGUGCACAGUUUGAUUACAGCUUCGAAAAAGUCACCAAAGCCAACCAUGAUGACUAACUACUAUGAAAACCUUGCCAGGAUUUUUGCUGUUUCGGACAAUACAUUGUUCCAUGCCGCUGCCUGGAACAAGUUUUUCAACUUGUAUUCUCAAUCACCAAAAGCCACCGAUGAAGAGUUGAAGAGAUAUGCCUCGAUCUUGGUGUUGUCUACAUUGGCCAUUUCUCAAAAUGCGAUCCAAGACGCUGACGAUCAUAAAGCAAAGAAUUCAAAAUUGUCUUCAUUGUUAAAUUUGACUCAAGUACCAACUAGAGACGGUUUGAUUAGAUCUAUCGUUCAAAGAGGUAUCAUUAAAUACGUUGAUGGCCCAGUUAAGCAAUUGUUUGACUUGUUGGAGAAAGACGAUUUCCAACCAUUGUCGGUAAAGAAGGAGGUUGUUGAGAUUUUCAAAUCCAUCGAAUCUGAUGACGAUUUUAAGAGAUAUAUCCCAACAUUGACCGAGGUGAUUUUGAUCAGGAUCUUUCAGCAAGUUUCUCAAGUCUACGACACUGUGAAGUUGGACUUUUUGGUUUUUUUGGGUGUUUUUGAAGGAUUGCAAUAUUCUUUAUCGGAAUUGGAAGUCGAGGAGUUGAUUGUCAAUGCCGUUAAGGAUGAUUUGCUUACCUUGAUUAUCGACGAUGAAGCUGGUGUUGUUUCCUUUAGAGCUAGUCCAUUUGAAGAUGUAACCAAUGCAUCCACUCGCAAGUUGCAAAUUUCGCCAGCGGAAAUUAUCCGGACACAAAUUAGCAAAUUGGCUGCCACUGUUGCUGAAUCAGUUCAAAUUAUUGAUCCUGAGUUUGAAAAUCGUCGUAAGCAAGCUCAAGAAGCUGCAUUGCACCAUGCGAUGACUGAUUUGGUUCGCGAGCAACAAGCUCUUGCCGACCGCUCCAAGAUCAUUGAGGAGCGCAAGAUAGCUGCCGAAAAACGUAGACGUGAAGAGGAGGAGAUACAAGCUAGAUUGAAACAAGAAAGAAUUGCUGCUGAGCAGAAAGCCGAACAGGAGAGAUUGGUUCAAGAACAAGAGCGUAAGAAGUUGGAGAAAUUGCAGAAAGAACGUGACAUGAUUCAAGAAAAUGAAAAGAGGAAGCUUGCUGAGGAAAUCAAUGCAAAGGGUAUCAUUAAAGUUGAUAUGAACAACUUGAAGGACUUGGACGCAUCUAAGUUGAAGAUGAUGCAAGUUGAACAAUUGAACAAGGAUAGAAAGGAGUUGGAAGAGAAGUUGAAAGUCACAUUCAAGAAAGCCGAUUACUUGGAGAGAGCAUAUAGAAAAUAUGAAUUGAAGUUGUUGGACACUGAAGCUGAAAAGCAAAGAUCAUUGGAGAUUGAAAAUUACGAAGUUGCCAAGAAUGCCAAAAUUGCCAAAGCAAAGAAGGAGUUUGAUAAUUCUGUUGCGUUGAGGGAACGUUUCCAACGUAUGUUACCAGAUUACACUUCCUUUAAGGCUGAGCUUGAUGCAAAGAAUGCUGCCAAAUUGGAGAAGUUGAAGCAAGAAGCUCACGAAAAGUUUGAAAAGGCCAAGCAAGAGAGAAUUGAAAAAGUCAAGAGACAACGUAUUGAGGAGUUAAAGAUUAGAAAGGAGAGGGAGCGUAAAGCCCAAGCUGAAGAGGCUGCAAGAAAAGCUCAAGCUGCUGAACAUGCCAAAUUAAAGGAAGAAUUGAGAAAGCAAAGAGAAAAGGAUGAAGAGUUGCAGAGAAGAAGGGACGAAAUGGCAGCCAAAGCUGCUGCUGAGGAGGCUAAGCCAGCUGCACCUUUGACAUUUGCACAAAGGAUGAAGUUGAAAAGAGAGGGAAAGUUGGCAUAG